CCGGGUCCACGCUGGAGCCAGAGCCGGCGCUGGACGCAUAGUGACCGCGGGGACUCACAGGCACCCCCGCGUCCUCCCGGUGUCGGGACUUAUCGGCGGGAGCAGCGAGACAGGUUGGGGGUUCACCUGGAGACGGAGCAUCCCUUCACAAGGCUGGACCAUUGGAGAGGAUGUUGCCAUGGAGACGCUGCCUCCUCCUCCCACUCCUUGGCUGCUUGGGAGCAGAGCUGCUCCUUCAGGGACCCAUGUUCAGCAGGGAGCCCAGCGACAGCACUGUGCCCGUGGGCCCUCGGGACAGAAGUGUCACCCUCCCUUGUGAAGCCAGGGGCAGCCCUGCCCCUCAGUACAGGUGGUGGCUGAACGGCAGUGAGUUGGACCUGAGUCUGCAGCGGCGGUACCGGCUACAGGGUGGCAACCUCGUGCUUCUGAGCCCCAGAAGAAGCCGGGAUGCUGGCAACUACCAGUGCGUUGCCAGCAACACCGUGGGGACCGUGGUGAGCAGGGAGGCCAAACUCCAGUUUGCCUACUUGGAAAACUUCCAGACCAAGAUGAGAAGCACAGUGUCUGUGUGGGCAGGGCAGGGCGUGGUUUUGCUGUGUGGGCCCCCACCCCAUGCUGGAGAACUCUCUUAUGCCUGGAUCUUCAACGAGUACCCGUCCUUUGUGGAGGAAGACCGCCGCAGGUUCGUGUCCCAGGAGACCGGCCACCUCUAUGUGGCCAAGGUGGAGCCCUCAGACGUGGGCAACUACACCUGCGUGGUCACCAGCUCAGCCACGGGGACCCGGGUUCGAGGCUCAGCCACCCCGCUCGUGCUGCGCUCUGAUGGGUCCAUGGGGGAAUAUGAGCCCAAAAUUGAGGUUCAACCUCCGGAGACACUGCCGGCAGCCAAGGGCUCCACCGUGCGGCUGGAAUGCUUCGCCCUGGGGAACCCUGUGCCGCAGAUCCGCUGGAGACGGGGGGACGGACUUCCGUUCCCCGGCAAGGUCCGCGUGAGGAAGGCGGGUGCGGUGCUGGAGGUGCCCAGCUUCCAGCAGGAGGACACAGGCUCCUAUGAGUGCAUCGCAGAGAACGCACGGGGCAGCAAUGUGGCGCGGGGCCGGCUGACCUACUAUGCCAAGCCCCACUGGGUGCAGCCCAUCCAGGACAUGGAGGCCUCAGUACAGGACCGACUGAGCUGGGAGUGCAGGGCUAGUGGCAAACCCAGGCCCUCUUACCGCUGGCUGAAGGACGGGGUGGCACUGAGACUGGAGGAAAGAACACAGGUGGACAACGGCGCCCUGACCAUAUGGAACCUGAGUGUGGCGGACUCUGGAAUGUUCCAGUGUAUUGCUGAGAACAAGCAUGGCCUGGUGUACUCUAGCGCAGAGCUCAGGGUCCUGGCGUCAGCACCCGACUUCUCCGGGACCCCCAUGCGCCCCUGGCUGCAGGUGCAGGUGGGCAGCAAUGUCAGCCUGGACUGCCGGCCCCAUGCCUCCCCCCGGGCUCACUGCUCCUGGGCCAGAGAUGGCCAGCGCCUGCAGGAGGGCGGAAGAGUCUCCUUCCUGAGGGAUGGGGGCCUCAGCAUCACCAACGUGAGCAAGACUGAGGCCGGCAGCUACACCUGCACAGCAGAGAACCAGUUUGGGAAGGCGCAGGGCUCCACACACCUGCAGGUCACAGAGCCCACGAGGAUGGCCCUGGCGCCCAGCACUGUGGAUGCCUCUGUGGGCGAGAGUGUGGUACUGGCCUGCCAGGUGCAGCACGACCCCCAUCUCACCCCCACCUUCAGCUGGUCCUUCAACGGGGCACCCAUGGACUUCGGGACAGAGGGGCUGCACAUUGAACAGGCCGGGGGGGGCUCAUCUGGAGACUUGAUGAUCAGAAACGUCCAACUGAAGCACAGCGGGAAGUACGUGUGUGAGGUGCGGACUGCUGUGGACAGCGUCUCCUCAGCCGCGGACCUCAUUGUGAGAGGGUCCCCAGGGCCCCCCAUGAGCCUCAAGGUGGCAGAGGUGACAGACACCACAGUACAACUGUCCUGGGCUGAGGGCGCUGACGGCGGCAGCCCUGUGCUGGCCUACUCCGUGCAGGUGCGGACGCCCUUCUCCGUGGGCUGGCAGCCUGCCACCACAGCACCUGAGGCCCUGGACGGGAAGAUGCGCACCGCCACCGUUGUCCACCUGACCCCAUGGGUGGAUUACGAGUUCCGGGUAGUGGCCAGGAACGGAGUUGGAGCUGGAGAGCCCAGCUCCCCCUCAGAAAAAGUAAGGACUGAAGAGGCAGCUCCAGAGGUGCCUCCUGCCGAGGUCAACGGGGGCGGUGGCAGCAGGUCGGAACUGGUCAUCUCCUGGGACCCCGUCCCCGAGGAGCUGCAGAACGGAGCUGGCUUUGGCUAUGUGGUGGCCUUCCGGCCCCUGGGGGUUAGCAGCUGGAUCCAGACGGUCGUCACAUCCCCUGAAGCACCCCGCUAUGUCUUCAGGAAUGAGAGCAUCACUCCAUUCUCACCCUAUGAGGUGAAGGUGGGCGUGUACAACAACAAGGGUGAAGGCCCCUUCAGCCCCCCAGCCACCGUGUUCUCUGCGGAGGAAGAGCCCGUGGUGGCACCAGGCCGGGUCUCUGCACGCAGCCUGUCCUCCUCUGAGCUUGAGGUCUCCUGGGACUCCGUGGUCUGGAAACCCAGCAACGGUCACCUGCUGGGCUAUGAGGUGCGCUGCUGGAGUGAUGGGGAGGAGGGCUCGCCCAGCCGUGUCCGGGUGGCUGGGAACCGGACGUGGGCCCGGCUAGGCGGGCUGAGGAGCAACCUUGCUUACCACGCAGCUGUGCGGGCCUUCAACAGCGCAGGGCCCGGGCCCUUCAGUGCAGCCGCCAGCGCCACCACCAGGAAGACCCCGCCCAGCCAGCCUCCCGGACGUGUGGCCUGGAACGCCACAGACAGCACCGUUCUGCUGAGCUGGGAGCAGGUCCGAGCCCUGGAGAAUGAGUCAGAGGUGACCGGAUACAAGGUCCUGUACCGCACGAGCGGCCGCAGGGAGGUGCGUGUACUGAGCACCGACAAGACCUGGGCAGAGCUGCAGCUGCCCGGCCAGCACGACUACAUCCUGGAGGUGCGGGCCACCACGGACGGUGGGGAUGGUGCCAGCAGUGGGAACAUCCGCAUCCCCCGCAGGAGCCGUGUGGAUGCCAGAGGUGCCUCAUCUGCCCUCCCAAGGGCUCAUGCCACGUCCAGCUGUGCACCUGUGGCCCUCCUCUUCCUCCUGAACACCCUCUGGUGAUGGUCACUCUUUUAUUAUUUACCAGAAAGUGGAUUGGCUCCAAAAAAAAAAAAAAAUCACUUCAGUGGAGCCCCGUGACCAUGCAUGUUUCUGUUUCAACUCUGUAUCUUUAACAUUUUACGUAGGUUAACAAGGCCUACAAUGACUAUAAAGCAGCCCUCCUAAGGGAGGGAUUGGAGAUGCCUUAACACUUGACAAACCAAAGGAAUUUACAUUUCACACAGUUCAGGCCUGUGGAGCAGGUGGGCUUCUGUGCCUGCGUUCAGCACUGCCUGGGUGUGAAGACACACACACAGGCUCAGACACACGUGCUGCUUCGAAUUUAGAAACAUUCAGUGAAUCCACUUUUUUUUUUUUAAUUCAGAAAGACUCCUUUAACCCAGAUGCUGCUUUCCCACCACUGCUGGGCUCUUUGGAAGAGUGGUUCAGUACUAUUUUUGAAAAGUUCCUUUGGAAUAUUCAAGGGUGGAAAACUCACUUGGUCAAGUUUGUGAUUUAGCAGGUGGCCAGAGGGAGCUACCUGGUUCUCCUUAGGGUGAUACUGUGAGGUUCUAAACUCUCUGCUCCAGAGCUCCCCUGCUCCCCCCUCCCUUGGCCACCUACUGGGAUGGGGAGCAAUGUGGGUGACCUCCGAGAAUGUGCCCCCUGCCACUCCAGAGUCAGGAGGCCCUGCCUGUGUCUGAUGUCUGCAUCCCAGCCUAGACAAAGUCUCCUGUCCACUCAGGGAUCUUAUAGAACUCAGAAAGUCACAUUCAGCCUUCCUCAGAAUGUUUUAGAAUGCUGGAAAGGACCAUCUCUCCACCUGUGAGCUAGCACCCAGGUUGUAUUAGAGCCAGGUGGGGAAAAGAGGAAAUGACCUGGAUUGCAACUGAAAUAUCAAUCUACCAAUCAAAAUUCCAGGCCCCUUUUCUCCCAGUGUCUGACUUCUCCCAGGGCCUUCCUUGCUUGGACUGGUAGGAGUGGGCUCUGACGGGCCAGCUGUUUCUCUGAAAGACCUGGCAACGCUCCCACUCCUGAGUUAAACUUGCAGGGUUCACACAGAUGGGAGCCACUCACUCUUCCAAUUUGCAGCUUUCAAAGGACUGUUAAAAACAUGAACUUCUGGCAAUAUCCAGAGUAAGUGACCAGUGGCCAGGUGCAAGCCCUGCAGACACAGCCAUACACCUCACACACACCCACACAUAGUCACUCCCUCCUUGCAAAGAAUAUCAAACAGUAAAAAAAAAAAAAAAUCCGCAAAGUUUUGCCAUCACCAUGAGGUACCACAUCACACUCAGAGAUGACAUUCAGACACAGUCAUUGUCCACAGAGGAGAAAAGGGCUUGCCGUUUUCUCUGAAGGUCUGUAUAUAUUGUAUAUAUCUGGGGGGGAGGGAAUCUGGUGGCUCACAGAUUUCAUAUCACCAUGACUGUUUCCUGUCAAAACCCAGGGACAUGCUUUGCCCAGUUGCUGUAUCUGAUGUUCCUGGGCGGGGCUGUCACUUCUUAUCCUCCAAUAACUCCUGUCUAGUCCCUGACACUUCUCCCUGUCCAGAUGAGUGAGUGCCCUCCUGUCCUCUGGCUUCUAGCACUGUAUCUCCAUGAGAUCGCUCACUACUCUGUUUCAUAUUGAAAAGUACUCGGUUCAUCUUCAGAUUCCUGUGUGUGUAUCCUAUGGUUAUCUGUAUGUAUGAUUUUCUAUUAUUCGAAUAAAAUUUAUUACAGUCA